AUGCAUUUAAACAAAUAUCUCACUUUAAUUCUUCUUUAUUUUGUUAUCAAUCUUCAUUCGAUACCUAUUUUACAAUCUUCUGAUACAGUUCAAACUACAUCAAUUUAUAAUCCUGAACAAAAUGAAGGAUUAGAAGGUGGUGAUAUGGUUCCUCAACCAUUUCAGAAAUCUCUUACAGAUCGUGGUGUAGCAAUAAAACCAGCAUCAUCUAAUCGAUGGGCAGGUGGUGUUGUACCUUAUGAAUUUGCUGCAAACAUUACUGCUAACAAUUCAGCUUUUAUUGUUGCACAAAUGAGAGCAAUGGAAAAUCUUACACAAGUCAAUAAUACACAAUGUAUUUCAUUUCGUCCAAGAAAUGCAUCUGAUCUAUACUUUAUUACAAUCUUCAAUGGAUCUGGCUGUUAUUCUCCGGUUGGAUCUUGGGGUUCUUAUAUUGGUACUCGUCCUGUUUCACUCAUGCAUGGAACAUAUUCAACUUGUAUGGUUUCAGGAAUUGUUCAACAUGAAUUAACUCAUGUCUUAGGUUUUUAUCACGAACAAUCACGACCUGAUCGAGAUUCAUAUGUUUCGAUUCAAUGGGCUAAUAUUGAUCCAAGUCAAGCGUUUAAUUUUGUUAAAUAUAAUGAUUCACAAGUUGAUGUUGAAAUGACAUCAUAUGACUAUGGAUCAGUUAUGCACUAUGAAUGGAAUGCAUUCGCUUUGAAUAGUAGUGGACCAACUAUAAUUCCAACACAAAAUACUAGUGCAUAUAUUGGACAACGAAUUCGAUUGAGUCCAGUUGAUAUUCUUGCAAUUCAACGAUAUUAUGGUUGUGUUCCAACACCAAAUAUUACAACUACAACUAUAUCAACUACCAUUACAACGACAUUAAUGUCUUCAACUACUACGACCUCCAUAAUAUCAUCGAUGGGAAAUUCAAGUACUGUUAUGUCUACUACUACUACUGCUGCUACCUCGGUAAUUAUAGAUACAUUUUGGAAACUUUAA